AUGGAAACACGCACAGAAUACGCGCAGCUGCCCUCGACACGACAAAGCCGCAUGAAAAUCGACGCCCUCUUAAACCCAGGCGAAGAAGACAGCUACACAGACUCACCUCGCUCGCAACACGCAAUCCCAUCCAUCCACAGCUACCAACACUCGCCAAGUUUCCCCCCAAGUCCAAACUACUGGUAUGGACGGUACCACGACACCAGCCCGGGGGGACUAUCCAGCGCAACCCACAGCAGCAGCCAAAGCCAUAGCCAUAGUCAAGCAGGAGCAGGGCCAGGCCCAGUCCUAGCACACCCCCAACCCCAAAACCAAUCCCAAAACCAACACAUGUUCCUAACCUACCGCCCCUCCAACCAAAUGAGCACAAAUCCACCCAGACACAACAGCACCAGCAACGCUGGCUCAGGCUCGAUCUCAGGCUCAGGCCCAGGGUCGCGCUCAACAAACUCCUCCCCAGACCCCUACCACCCUCAAAGUCGUGAGCGCUACGACAGUGUAUCCAGCAGCUCCAGCGCAAACGCAGAUCGGCGCCGGCCUCCGCGGCCCAAGUACGAGGAGGAAGAGAUGUACUUCAUCUGGUAUCAUCGCGUUGAUCUGUGCCAGGAGUGGAAGGAGGUGCGCGAGGCGUUUAAUCGGCAGUUCCCUGAUCGCCAACGACGCGGAUUUCAGGGUAUCCAGUGCAAGUUCUAUCGCUUUAUUAAGGAGAAGAAGUGUCCUACGUUACGGGAGCAACGGCGCAUGCGCGAUGGCGAGUUCCUUCGUGAGGGGACUAGUGUUCAAGGUGGGACUGAGUCUGGUGCGCCGCGCUUUGGAGUGAUUGAAUGGGGGAAGGUUUGGUAUCCUUGGAUGAGGGAAAGUCGGGAGGAGAUUUUGAGGUUGUGA